AUUUCACUCUUGAUUUUAGUUAUCAUUAAACCUUCAAAGACACAAUUUGUACUUCCACUUUCAUGAUAUAAAAACAGAAAAGUGAAUCAUUAACCAUGAGAUUUCCAUCUGUUAAUUAUUUCCUUUGUUGCUUCAGCCUUGAAACAGGUGGAAAGUUUCUUGGAUGGUUCGGAGCAGUUGGUGCAACUCUCCUUGUAAUUCCAACGCUUAUCAUAUUUGGUGUUGCCACUUAUAACUUUGAAUUCUUUUUAAAUGCAACACAAAAUGUGAAAUUAAUUGAUAAUCCUAUAAUGUCAUCCAACUCACAAACUUUUGUAACAACGACACUUUUCCUUGUUUUUAUUUAUUGCGCAAUUAGUCUUUACGCUAGUGUAGAGUUGAUAAAAGGUGUUCAAAAUCGGAGUUCACGUCAGUUACGCCCUUAUAUGAUUCUUGUUGGAAUUGAAGUGAUUUUGGUACUACUGCAAAUUAUUCACUUUACAUGGGUCGCUUUUCUUCAAACAUUGCUUGGAUUGAUUAUAAAUGGAUACAUUUUCAUUUGCCUACAUUCAUUGUGGGAACAAUUCAGAGAUGAAGCAAUGCGUGGGCAUAAUCGUCAAUAUCAAAAAGGAACAAUGAUGAUGAAAGUUUAGGCUAUUGAAAUUCAUUUUUCUUAUUUCAUUCAUUUAAUUCAUUUUUCUUUUUUUAUUAUUUAAGAACAGAGAAUAGAAAGUAAUUUUCGUUUAAUAAUUUUAACAUAAAUAAAUAAAGUAAAUUUAAUGGAAUAUAAAAUGUGAACAUU